AUGCCCACUAUCCAGAACCUUCAGUCUUUCGACCCGUUUGCAGAUGUCAGUAAGGGUGAUGACCUAUUUCCUGCAGGGACCAAGGAUUAUAUCCAUAUAAGAAUUCAACAGCGUAACAGCAUAAAGACCCUUACCACUGUCCAAGGAAGUGCUGAUGAUUACAACAAAAAGAAACUAAUGAAGACCUUUAAGAAGAUAUUUGACUGCAAUGGUUCUUUGAUUGAGCAUCCAGAACAUGGAGAAGUGAUUCUGCUACAGAGUGACCAGCACAGACACAUAUGCCAGUUCCUUAUAGAGAUUGGACUGGCUAAGUUGGACCAGCUGAGGUUCAUGGGUUUUAAAUGCUUUUGCCUCACUGAGGUUUAA